GUAAAGAUCAGCUGUGUGUUUACUCAUCUUUAUCACCACAUUAAGAAGAACAUCCAAUCUUCAUCAUGCAGAACUUUCACGUCUUCCUGCUGUGCAUGUUGGGAGCUGCUUUUCUCUCCAGCGUCCUCAGCAACAAUGCAAACGGUCCAGACAACUGCUGCUUCAAAUAUUACCCAAGACGGAUGAACAAAAACCUGUUCAGAUCGUACGAGAUCACUGAUGAUCGCUGCCCAAAGAUCGGAGUCAUUCUGGUUACAUUAAAGUCUCGCACCAUCUGCGUGGAUCCCAACCUGACCUGGGUCGAGGGCAUCAUGAGGCAUGUGGACGAAAGCUCCUUUUAAACCGAGCAGACCCCAGUGUGUCAGUCUGAAGAUCACUGCAGCUUCUGUUUCUUCAUCAUAUCACAUGUAACUCACGAUCCUUUGUGGUCAUUAUGUUCGUAUCAAUGUGGAAAUCUGUCGCUUGAAAUAUAAGUUCAAGAUAAAGUCAGUUUAAUCCUAACCUUUGUGUUUGUUCCUCCUCUUAAUGUUUGUCUUCCUCACACUUUAUUUGAUACAUUUAAAUAAAAAGUGACUCUUGG